UACAAAAACAUGAUACAAAAAUCAUUUUAGAUUUUGAAGCCAAUACGGGCGAAGGUGUAAAAAGUGUUGGAUGAGUAUAUAGAAGAAAUCACUUCUGUGGAAAUAAUUAAACUAAUUUCAACAGUGUAAUUAUAAUUGAAAUAUUGUGUAAAACAUAAAAGAGAGCUUGAAAAAAUGUCGGAGAAAAAACGUGCAAGACGUCGUAAAGAUGAGUACACCGGCCCCGGCGAACAAGAAGUAGAGAAACCGACCAAAGAGGAAUACAAGGUCGCCAAGUGGAUGAAAAACAAUAUAAAAACGAAGAAAACAAAGUUUCUAAGCCACAAUGUGGAGUAUUUCUCCUCGAAUAAGGCAAUCGAUGGGCUGAUGAAGUCAAAGUUCGCCACGGGUGAUGAUGCACUGUUUACCACACGCGAACAAGUUGUAGAAUUUUUAGAUGUUAUGUUGGAACAUAAAUUUUUCCAUCGCGCUAAAAAAGUGCCCGUCUCGCUGGAGGAGUUGCGUGGCUGCGGUGCAGCUGGCGCCGCAUGUAGCAAAUCAACGAAAAACAGAGGUGACGAAAAAGAGCAAAAGAGUAGUGGUAAAAAGGAGAAGGACGAAAAAAAGGAUACUGAAGCUGAAGGUGAGGCUAGCGGUGGCAAUGGCGUAGGCGAUGGCAAUAUUAGCACCGGAGCUGGCAACGGUGGCGGUGAGAAGAAAGAGAAACGCAAACGUAAAAUACGGCUGGAUAUGCAUCCUGAACAGGUGUUUGUGGAUGGUUCUGAAGCGUAUGUGUGGAUUUUCGACCCGAUUCCCAUACACUACUGGAUAUAUGGGUUAAUAUUGCUGCUGGGCGCUAUUCUGAUCUGCUUGUUCCCGCUGUGGCCACCGCUAUUGCGCAAAGGCGUCUACUAUUUGUCGGUUGCGGCCGCUGGAUUCCUCGUCGUAAUAUUGGCAUUGACGGUGAUACGGCUGAUUAUAUUUACAAUCGUUUGGGCGUUAACUUAUGGAAAAGUGCAUUUCUGGCUGCUGCCGAAUUUGACCGAAGAUGUGGGAUUCUUCGCCUCAUUUUGGCCGCUCUAUGAAACAAAAUAUAUGGCCGAAGAUGAGAAAUUGAAAACCUCCGACAAACGCAGCAAAUCGAAAUCGAAAAAGAAGGAAAAGGACAGCGAUGCAGAGGAUGACACUGCCCCCGAAGCGAUUCCACUAGAACCAGAAAAGAUUGAAGAGGUGAAGGAACAUGAUGCCGAAAUCGAGUUUCGGCACCGCAAUGUCGCCAAGUCCGUGGCUAGCGAUAGCACAGCGGACGCUGAGGAGGAGUCGCAUAGCAGCGGUGGCGGCGACAAUAUCGAAGCGGCCGCUGAGUCGGACGCUAAAGGCUCACCCACUCCAUCGGAAUCUGAAUCGGAAAUCUCUGGCAAGGAUCAGUUUGAGAUAAUUAGUUCCAGCGAAGUGCAAAAUGUUAAUUGAUAAAUUAAUCAAUAAAAAAUUUAAUGCAAUUUAUAUUUUUACCUAUAGACAAAAAAUAUACACUAUUAAGCUGAUAAACAAAAUAUUAAAUGAUUUUUUUGUUUGUUUCGUUUUGCAACAAAUGCGAGCACUGAAAUAAUAUAAAUAUACCACAUAUAUAUACAUACAUACAUAUAUGCAUGUAUAUGUAUAUCUGAAAAAAAAAAAAAAUUAUUGUAAAAUAGGUAAAAGAAAAUUUCCAAAAUAAAAUAGCGUAAAAUUUAGAACCUCUAAAGGUGAAUUCAAGCUGAAACUGAAACGAAAUAGAUAUUCUGUGAAAAAUAGUAAUAAAAUGCGCAAGUUGAAUUUGAAAUGCUAAUUCAACAAUACUAAUAAUAGUGGAAAUAGUUUUGAAGUAAUUCGCAUAUUUUACUAAAUAAAAUGGAAAACAAUAAAUAACUGAA